CGGUUGGCCAGCGGCACAGGAGUGAGAGUUUUUCUCCGGGAGAGGUGAGAGUGCGGGCGGCAGCGCGAGCUCGAUACUUGGACGUUCAACAUGACGGACGCGAGGGACCCGGCUCGUGACCAGCUUCGCAACUGGCUCUGCACGAAGGCCGACAAGAAUGUGGAUACCUUAACUACUGGAGGUGGCCAACCUAUUGGUGACAAGCUAAAUGCCAUUACGGCUGGGCCUCGAGGGCCAAUGCUUAUGCAGGACACUGUAUAUCUUGAUGAGAUGGCACACUUCGACCGGGAAAGGAUCCCUGAGCGUGUUGUACAUGCAAAGGGCGCAGGUGCCUUUGGCUUCUUUGAGGUGACCCAUGAUAUUUCGAGGUACUGCAAAGCCAAAUUAUUUCACCCAGUUGGAAAGAGAACAUCUGCAUCUGUCCGCUUCUCAACAGUUGGUGGUGAAUCAGGUUCUGCAGACACCGUCCGUGACCCUCGAGGAUUUGCUUGUAAGUUUUACACUGAGGAUGGAAAUUGGGAUCUAACUGGUAACAACACCCCCAUCUUCUUCAUCCGGGACCCUCUCUUGUUUCCUUCAUUUAUCCACACCCAGAAGAGGAACCCCCAAACCCACCUAAAGGAUGCGGACAUGACCUGGGACUUUUUUUCACUUCGUCCAGAGACACUUCACCAGGUUGGCUUCCUGUAUAGUGAUCGUGGAAUUCCUGAUGGAUAUCGUCAUAUGAAUGGGUAUGGGUCGCAUACUUUCAAGCUGGUAAAUGAUAAAAAGGAGGCAGUGUAUUGCAAAUUCCAUUUAAAGACAAAUCAAGGCAUCAAAAAUCUUACUGUUGAGGAGGCUCGCCAGCUGACUACUGACGACCCUGACUAUUCCAUUCGUGAUCUCUACAAUGCUAUUUCAACUGGAAAUUAUCCGUCCUGGAGUUUCUACAUCCAAGUAAUGACUUUUCAGGAAGCACAAGUACAUCGAUGGAACCCCUUUGAUCUCACUAAGGUUUGGCCUCACAAGGAAUUUCCGCUAAUCCCUGUGGGGCAGUUGGUCCUCAACAAGAACCCAAUCAAUUAUUUUACAGAUGUGGAACAGAUAGCUUUUGAUCCCAACAACAUGCCACCAGGCAUUGAACCUAGUCCUGAUAAGAUGCUUCAGGGUCGCUUGUUUGCAUAUCCUGAUACUCAUCGUCAUCGCCUGGGUGCUAACUACCUUCAGCUUCCUGUGAAUUGCCCAUUUAAGUGUCGUGUGACUAACUACCAGAGAGAUGGACCCAUGUGCUCAACUGAUAACCAGGGUGGUGCACCAAACUAUUAUCCAAAUAGUUUUGGUGGCCCUGAAGCUCAGCCUCUAGCCAUGGAGCACUCUUUGGCUGUAACGCAAGAUGUUGCUCGGUACAACAGUGCCGACGAUGAUGAUUACUCUCAGGUAACCACAUUUUAUCUGAAAGUGCUGAAUGCAGAUGAGCGUCGAAGACUUUGUGAGAACAUAGCAGCCCAUCUCAAGGAUGCUCAGCUUUUCAUUCAGAACAGAAUGGUGUGUCUGUUAAGCAAAGUUCAUCCUGACUAUGGUGCUCAGGUUCGCACAUUGCUGGAGCAGUACAAUUCUAAAUGUCCUCAGAAGCCCGUGGUCAGAACCUACAGUCGUCAUGCUUCUGCUGAGAGGUCAAACCUGUGAUGGUUUAAUGUGAAGCUUUGUGUCACAGCUACAAUCAACUUGCCAGAACCAUUUAUGCUUCAAUCAUUAGUUAAGAUUGAAUAAUUGAUAAUGAUCCCUAAAUUUCAGAUCUUGUAACUGAAGCAUUUUCUUAUUGCAUAUUUUGUUCGAAAGCUAAAAAGUAUUGUCUGAUUUAAUGCUUGCAUUUAAAACCAAUGCUACCAAGUUUUUCUCUCUCUCUCUCCCUUCUCCCACCUUUCCUCACUUACAUGUGCAAAUUCCAUCCAUUAUUUCUUUCAAGGUUUAAAAUUUGUGAUCCUGAAGAUGAGCCUUUUUUAAUACUGUGCAUCUCUCGCAAUGUUUGCUGGAUCUGCAGCAUGGUAUCUGUAUGGCUGAGAAUUCACAUUGGGCUUUUCUACCUCCACUGCUUGCUUUUAACAGCACUUUUACAGAUUGUUCUCCCCGUACCUAACUAUAUUUAACAUUUAAUCUUGUUACAUAGGUUAAGGCUUCUGCUAAGUAUAGUUUUGAAUACCCAGUGCACAAGCUUCUAUCCUUUGUUCUUGCAAUGAAGUGUGCAGGCUAAUAAUUUAGCUAAAAAUGUGAAUGCUGCAUUGAACAAUGGAAAUUUUAAUUUUUGUUAAUCUGGGAGGUGAUGCACAAACUCAAAUUAAAUUAUUAAUACAACUUACAAAUGUUAUAAAUAUAUACUUGCACAAACGUGAACAGUGGCUCAAUUGAGAGUACUUUUGUCUCUGAAUGUGAAGGUGAUUGGUUUAAAAUGGGUAGGAGAGACUUGAGCACAGAAAUCUAGGCUCCAGUGUAAUAUUGACAAAUCACUGCAAUGUUGAACAUGUCACCUUUUGGAUAUGACAUUAAACCAAAAGGUCUGUCUGUCCUUUUAGGUCCAAAUUAAAUAAUCUAUGUAAGUAUUUUGAAGAAGAACUGGUGUCUUACCUACAUCUGUUCAACAACAACUGAAUGUCUGGUCAUUAUCACAUUGCUAUUUAGAGGAGUAUGUUGCAUGUCAGUUGGCCACCAUGUUGCCUAAAUCACAGCAGAGAUUGUACUUAAACAGUUCACCAUUUGGGGGUGACCUGAGGUUGUGAAAGGCACCUCAGAAAUGCAGGUUUGUUUGCUCAUCCUUUUACAGGGAAUCUUUCAUUUUGGAGUGUGUUCAAAGUCUGGUUUUACUGCCUUUUGAGCUGGUGUCAGACGCACCAUCCUGUGACUUGUCCUCAUUUGAUUUUAUUUCUGUGUUAAAUUGUUAUCUGUUCUGAGCUGUUAUAAGUUUGAUUUCCCACUCAAGUGCUUAUCCCUCCUGAGUUUGUAUUUUUGUAGCCAGUUCCUUUUUGGUUCUGAUUUUCCCUUCUCCAAGGCCUUGUAUGAUGGCAUCUUCUGUUUUUUUUUCCUCUAUUGCCCAAUGAUGAAAGAGAAGGUUUUCCCCAGCAGUGACUGGACAGCCAGCAGGCAUUGCAGUCUUCAUUUGUAAUGUCACAGCGUUUUAAAAUUAACCCAUUCCCUGUUUUGGUAAAUGUGAAACUGUGAUGAAGAUCCAUUUAGUCAUAGUGAAAAUCCAGUUUAUUUUUGUUUUUGUUUUAAAAGUAAUCAAUGAGGAAAAUACUGUGAUUCAGCAAAGGGCUUAUAUAGAAUCUUUCCAGGGCAGUUCAAAGCAUAUUCCAUCAGUUAAGUCUUUCUGAAGUGAAGUUAGUGUUAUAAGGUUCCAAAAAACAAAAAAAAAAGUAUAGGUACUUCGAUAAUCAUUUGCUAUUAAUUCAGGAUUAAAAUAUUAGCCAAGAUAUCAGUAAAAACUCCCACAUUCUUUAAAUGCAUCUUUGAAUUCUUUGAUAACCAUGUCAGACAUGUCUGGAAGGCUUUGGAGAAUUAAUAUAUUGCUCACAGUUUAAUGGAAUACAGAUUUGUACCCAAGAUUCUUCCCACAGUGAAAUCCUGAACAAUGUCUAUUCCCUGCAACAGGAAAACUCAGAGGAAUCUUUACUGUAGGAACUUUGGUGAAGGUUGAUAGUGUGACAUAUUCAUCCGGGCUUACAGCACUUUUCAUGGGCACAGGUAAUUUCCCGUAAGCCAACUGUUUCAGUUCCCAAAGCAUUUUUCUUUGAAGUUGAUGUUUGUGGAUUGCACACCAUGUUUAACAAUUCACUCAAUUGUGGCAGUUUGUUAAUUGAAGGAUACAUAUGCUUGCUGUGUUGUUUUCAGGGAUGCAGUAAUGCCACUAAAUCAAAGCCUACUGGUGUAAACAUUUUGGUCAAAUUAGCUUAUGUGAAAACUAAUACUCUAGGGAAAAAGUCACACUUAAAUUCAGAAAAAGCAUGCAUGGGUUUGUAAUUUUAAAAAAAAAACAAAGGAAAAUAUUAGUUCCUCUCCAAGGUUAUUGUUGGUUUUACACAAUGAUAACGUGUAGUUUAUAUCCAUAAAGAGUAAUAAAAUAAAUAACCACUACAAGAUGGAAGCUUUACUUUUAAAGUAGCUCUAAAAUUUAUUCACUUUAAGUGUUAUAAAAUGAAUAUAUUUUAAAAUUGGAUUCAGUGAUAUAAUAUUCCUUCAGAAAAGCUAGAGAUUGAGGUUACUGUUUAAAAUUAGACAAUGGUCCUUUCAUCGUAAAGCUCAGAGUUGACAUUUAAUUUGGCAUCUAGGCAUGCUUUUUAAUCAAUGUAAUCUUUCUGAAGAACUACAUACAUUUGCAUUGCAGGUUACAUAUGCAUCUAUUCAGCUUAUUUGCUCAUUUAUUAAUUAAGUUUAACCCAAUCACUACUGAAACAAAUGUAAUAGGAGAUCAGUAGUAAUGAGAAGUUGGGACUUGGACAGCAAAUUAAACCUGAAUAAUCAGCAUAAUCUACGAACACAUGAAAGGAGAGUGAAGCCAAUUAAAUUAGCUGAAUAUUUGAAUAUCUUUUCAAAUUUUUUUUGUCUCCUUUAAAACUGAGGACUUAACUCUGGAAAUACCAUUUGUAACUUGAUAAAGAUGAUUUUUAAUGCUUAAUAAAAUUCCAGCAAUGUGAUAAAAUACAUACAAA